CCACUUUGCAUGUGAAAGCCUGCUGUUUCAAGCUGAACCCAUUGGACCGCAGAAGUCGCGUUGGUAUCCGAAAACCACCCAAACUACCCCGACGUACACAAUGCCGAUGCCCGGCGAGCUACCGAAAGAUGCCGAAGAGGCCAAACAAGGUCUCUUCAGCUAUGCCAAAGCAUGGGGUGAGAACCCGCUUCCUCCGACCCUUCUCGCAACUCUCAUAACCGCCCAACACCUUCGACCCUUCCAACCACUCCCCAUGCUCUUCCCACCGAUCCUACUCUUCUCCUCCUACCUCAACGUACAAGGCUUCAAAAAGGACAGCGCUGGACUGAUGGGUGCGUGGUCAAUGGCAUACUUUGUUCUCGCGAGAAGGAGACAAGUCAAGUUGAGCCAGAAAAUCACUGCGAGAGGAGUAACCAGAGGCGUGACGAUGGGCUUCUGCGCGAUAAACGCUAUUGCUGGAGGUUGGGCGUACUGGAAAGGGAAUCGUGAUGAGAGGAAGCCGCUUGUUGGGGGAGAGUAAAUCAUCUGGGCUUUCGAAGGCCGUGUGUGAGGUGGAGCUAAUGUCCUGGACAAAGGAGAAAGCUUUGCAGGAGCGUCAAGACCGAGGUCAACAGCACAUGAUUGCCGGCGGGACGAGAUAUUCCACGGAUUGCGUGCCAAUAAAGCUCGUGUACAGUAUGUAUGUUAAUGUAAAAGUGAUUGCUGACUAACGAAAGGCUCGACUUGCAGGUGUGCACCUCAAGUCAUC